GCGAUAUAUUCCUUUCCCCAACAGGCUAUCCCAAUGGCCCGAUCAUCCUCCCUCGACGUCAAAAAUUUCACGAUCGGCUGGAUCUGCAGUCUUUUGAUCGAGUACAUCGCCGCCUGCAACGUCCUAGACGAGACUUUCCCAGAUACUACACAUGUCUUACUAGGGCAGGGGGAUUGCCGUGCGUACACUCUGGGCCGGAUCGGAAACCAUAAUGUGGUGAUAGUCUGCCUCCCAGCCGAAUCCCCAGGCGUGGUAUCCGCAUCCGCCGUCGAAACAACCUUGCGAAUUACCUUCCCUUCAAUCCGGUUCUCACUCAUGGUCGGAAUCGCUGGCGCUACGGCUGGGUUAAAAGAAGAUGUGCGACUGGGCGAUGUGGUCAUAGGGACUAGGAUUGUCCCGUACGAAUUCGGGAAAGUGACCCAUCAUGGGUUCCAAUCUACGGGACAUUGUCCCCGGCCGCCGGCUAUUCUUCAUAAUCGGGUGAAUACUUUCAAGUAUAAGUCUCUACUUGACUUGGAUAUUGGGCAUCUUGUUGAGGAUAAAGCGCGGUUUUUGCCUGUUCCGCUACGGCAUUUAUUUCGACGACCGGAGUUGGAGGAUCGUCUCUAUGAAUCGGAUUAUAUUCAUGGUGAACAUUGCGACUGUGAGAAAACGAUGGUUUAUGAUUCGUCUCUCCUUGUUCUUCGGGAGCCCCGACCAGGGGAUGCUGGGGUCAAGGUUCAUUCGGGGACCAUCGCGUCCGGGGAUAAGCUUAUCAAGAAUGCUCAAACGCGCAACGACUGGGGGAACACAUUCAAUGCACUAUGUUUUGACAUGGAGUCUGCGGGUUUGAGUAGAGGUUCCCUGACGAUCCGUGGCAUCGACAAUUAUGCUGACUCGCAUAAAAGCGACCGCUGGCAGGGCUACGCUGCCAUGGCUGCGGCUGUUUGUGCGGCGGAGUUUCUUAAGAUGGUCCCAGUUAGCGAUGUCCCCCAGGGUCAAUUUAGGAUUAUGGAUGAAGUUAGCAGGGUUAUGACGGCUUCAAUAAAGGAGAUGACGUCCGUCUUGGACGGUCUUCCCAGUCCGGAAAAUUACGUGACAACUUUGCUGGCUGUGGAUAAGAGAUUAGCAGCCAUGGAGCAGCGUCUUGCUUUGCUAGAUACUUGGCAGCGAUCGGCUGAGGCCCUCGAGACGAAAUUAGAUAUGGCAUUGGAGAAAUUGAAUUAUCUGCAGAAAGCUGAACGCCAAACGCAGCCCCCUUUCAUCCAAGCGAACACAACCAAUGGCGACGAUGACAAUUUGCCCUAUGAUCUCAUCGGAGAAAAAAAGAUAGCGAGCUUCGAGAUGGUGGAUAGCAAUUCAGAACCAUCCAAGCAAUCAAUAGGGGGUUCAGACACAUUCUUCAAAGCCGAACUAGCAUCUUCGGACACGCACAGGAUUCAGUUCGAGUGUUCCAUCAGGUCUACAAAGCCGCUACCGCCACCAAAGCCGAUCAGAUUUCGCUCACGUUCCAUAUGGGAAGAGACAGCGCGCUACAAUCCAGGUGGUAGUCCCAGAUUAUAGCAAGUAAGAUCCUUACUGUAUCUAGUGAGAAUGGGCUAAGGGUCUACAGAUUGUAUUGCCAGAACCUGUGUGGUUUUGUGGAACCAGACCGGUUCUCCAACUCCCAACAAGAGUGAAUACCGACCCUGAGCCACACUGGCGGGUUCACCGAUUUCAGCAAUUUGACUUCCAUCUAUAAGGUAGCAUUUCAAUGUACAGUAGUAACAUAUUUGCACUGAAGCUCCAACCCUGCACUCAA